AGUUAGUCAGGAAUUUACAACGCAGAUUGUGUGUACUUGUGCAUGGCUAUCAUGGCUACGUGAUCAUAAUAUUGUCGUUUUUUAAGUAACAAGUGUGAUCUUCUUCGCCAUCAUAAUUGAUGACGGGGUAGAUAACGUUUUCUUGACUUGAAAGUAUUCUGGACUGGAGCACCUUGGAACCACCGGUAAAUCUAGGUCUACUCUAGAAUAGGAAAAUUGAUUUGCUGUGAUAACAAUUGUGUGCAAACAGCUUUUAGCUGCAAGUAUUAUGUGACAGUGUCUUCAUAGAGAGGAGGGCAAAACCAGAAACAUGGCAAGGGUUUGUCCAUUCCGUUCUCUUCUACUUGAAAUUGACGAUGGCCUCACCAAGGCAGACCUUGAUAAACUGAUCUUUCUUUCCAAGGACGAGAUCGGUUCUGAGAGAGAAUCAGAAGAAAUCAGCUCUGGACUGGACCUGUUCGAAGUCUUCAUCAGGCGAGACGUCAUCAACAAGGAAUGUAUUGAUUAUCUUGCAGAUCUUCUAAUCAAGAUAAGACGGUUCGACCUGAGAAAAGAUCUCUGUAAGAAAUGGGGUGUCUUCCGGCAAACGUGCGACGACACCACCACCAACACAGGUUCGAACCUUGAUUCCCUGCAAACCGGACACACGGUUAAAGAAGUUUGUCUUCAAGACCACUCUAAAGAAAAUCCGGUAAUACAAGUCUCCCCGGGUCACCGUCUAAAGCAUACAGUCCCAGAAGUGCAGAAAGAUGGUCAAGAUGUGAAAGGUAUGGAUGGGGAACAGCCACAAGGAGAGGGAAAUCAACAGAGGAAGGAGUCCGCGAUGCCCCUUGGAGUGCCAAGUCUGAGCCUCGAGGAUGUCUUGCCUCUCGAUGAUAUGAUCAGACGACGCACAGAUGAAAAACGUCCACCGUGCGUAAAAUCAGGAUUUUCUGAAAGCUUUUACCAUAACUAUGAAAUGCCCAACGGCAGACAGAACUUUGGGGACAAACAGGACCGCUAUCUAGCUGUUGGAAACAGGAGCAGUAUCUUUAGUGUGGACAGUCUUGAGGAGCAAAGCAGUAGCAGCAACUUUCUUGAGUUUCCGACUGGGAGAUCCAGCAUUGACAGCUGCUGCAGUAGCACGUUUAGUGUCGAUAGUCUAGAAGAGACGAGAUCGUUAAACAGAACAAUUUCCCGAAAAACUGGUCAUCGUCGCUCUAUGAGGUCCAGUAGCUUUCAUAGUAAACGUAGUAGCACUAUUAGCACAAUGAGCACGGAUAGUUUAGAAGACCAGUAUCCCGAGUUCUUGGGACAUGAGAGAGGAGUUUAAACCACAAUAGGUUUACAAAUGAUUCAGCUACGCGAGAGUUAUUCGAUGUAAUUUUAUGUCAUGUACAGAAACUGUUGUUAUGUCAUGUUAUGUACAGUAACUGUUGUUACAUAUUCUCUGGACCCCAGGGAAGAACAGUUUUGUUAUAUUAACAAAGCUCAGUGGGUUUACCCAGCCAUCUCACUAUACUUUUGAUUUUAUUAUGUACAUGCAUUUACCUUGUAUUGUUUUUAACAUUGUGAUAUGGAAAAUAAAUACCAAUACCAAUCAUAGGGACAUUAUUGUCUAGCUAGCUGACAGUGAUCCGGGGUGUGUCAUGAAAGUUGUCCGCGCUGACAAUAUCUUUGAAAUCCUUUUUUUGAUUGGCUGAGAGGCAUUUGCUUCUGCCUGUUAUCAUAAUAACUGUCGGAGAAAGUCAGCCUGUCAGUGCCAAGUUGCCAACAAAUUUCAUGAAUCGGUCCCCUGGGAAUCAUUCGAUCGAAUUCAUACUGGGCAUAAUACACAAAGCUUGUAUAUUAUAUUAUGUAAUCACGAAUUUAAUUUCUUUAAAAGAAUAGUUUUGCCUCACUCUACACAGACCAACAGGUAUCACUGAAUCAAGGUCCAUAUGUCUAGAUAUUAUGCAAUUCCUACAUUCUACAUUCUGACUCUCGCCUUUGAAACAGAGGGUCGUGGGUUCGAAUCGUAGCCAUGGCGUGUUUUCCUUCAGCAAGAAAUGUAUCCACACUGUGCUGCACUCGACCCAGGUGAGGUGAAUGGGUACCCGGCAGGAGUAAUUCCUUGCACGCACUGAGCGCCGGUGAUGGUAGCUCGAGCUAAAGCCGGGGUAAUAGUAGCAGCGCUUUGUAUCCUCUGGCAAAAAGCGCUUUAUAAAUCCAGCUAUUAUUAUUAUUAUUACACAUUUACUUGACUAUAUUUGUUUUGCUAUGCAUAUCUAUACAUAAUGCGUAUAAUUUUCGAGUAAAACAAAUUCAAGACCUUAAAUGAACUGUUUGAUAUAAAGAAAUCGAAAAUUAUUUUUUACACCUUCUUAUGUACAAAUAAUUUUUUUGUGUGUAUUCAUAUUCUUAUUAUUUCGUAUUGUAAUUAAUUUCUAUGAAAUGUUAUCUUAAAAGGAAUGCCAGGGGAAAGAAAAUAAAUGCUUAUAUAAAUUAAACUGAAAUGGUUGGUUCAUCGACAUGUUAAAAUGUAUGAACGAGAGCAUUUUGCAAUUCCAAUAAUACGAUAAGAACAUGCUUUACAUAUUGCAGAUAACUUUCUUGAGGCGGGCAGGCGCAUGUGGGGCUAUUUACUAAAAAAAAUAUCGAUUUUUCACACCCAGUUAAAAAAAUAAAAUUUAGUGUAUUUCGUAUAGGAACAUAAUUACAAAACUAUCCUUACAGACCGGUCAAUGUAAUCAUGACGUCAUGACAAUUGGCCCAAAUGACUGUUAGUCUGAUAGUGUACCAAAUCGAUAUACCAAAUGGGGUUUGCUUCUUCCCAAGUGACCUUAAUUUUCUUUCAUUAUUGUACUCGUUCAAAAAAUUCUGUACAACUUACCCCCAAUAUUUGACUUUUUUUAUAUUUGACACAAUGGUCUAAAAUUACCGUGUUUUUUUACGGGAAGACCGAUUUCACGAUGCAAAUGUAAAACCCAAAAUCAAUCAAGCGUUGUAAAGUGAACUAUUAAAGUUGUAGCGGAAAAGUCUAGCUCCAGGUUGCCAGAAAUGUUACCGUAUAUUUUUUUCAACCUAAUCAAAUUUCAGACUUUUUGGAAAGACAGGGGCAGAGAAAAAGGUGUGCAUGUAUAUUAUUAUGUAUUAUGUAAGAUUCAAAAUAUUUCUUGAUUACUCAUUUUAAUUACUCAGUCAAACAAAUAUAUUCAAACAUAAUGCAUUGAAGUAUAGUGUUUAUUAAAAGUUAUAAAAAAAAUGUAACGCUAUUUUUCAUACAAGAAAAUGUAUAUGAAUAAAUUACCAUUAUAUAUGAAA